AUGAAUCAGGCACCAGUGUCGUGUAUUCCAGCCGGGAAGAUGUCAAAGGCGAAGAAAGUGCUAGAUGAGGCCCGCGAGAUCCAGAAUCCGGAGCUGGAUCUCGCGGACAAGGGUAUCUCGACGUUCGAGGAGAUGCCAGGAUUGCUGACUAUGGUCAACAUCACUAGAUUGACUCUGAGUCAUAAUAAACUUACAGCUGUACCACCAGGCCUUGCAAAUCUAGUCAAUCUGGAAAUAUUGAAUCUAUUUAAUAAUUAUAUUACUGAGCUUCCAAUUUCAUUGUCACAAAUGCCAAAGCUAAGAAUUCUAAAUGUAGGGAUGAAUCGAUUAAAUGUGCUUCCACGUGGAUUUGGUGCAUUUCCAGUAUUAGAAGGAUUAGACUUAACAUAUAAUAAUCUAAGUGAGAAGAAUCUACCAGGAAAUUUCUUUAUGAUGGAAACCUUAAGGGCACUUUAUUUGGGUGAUAAUGACUUUGAAUAUCUACCAAGUGGGAUUGGGCAGUUAAAGAACUUACAAAUUCUUGUACUAAGGGAGAAUGACCUAGUUGAAUUGCCGAAAGAAAUUGGAGAAUUAACGCGGUUGAGAGAAUUACACAUUCAAGGAAAUCGAUUGAGAGUUUUACCACCAGAAAUUGGAAAUCUGGACUUAGUAAGUAAUAAAGCAGUGUUUAGAAUGGAAUUUAAUCCAUGGGUUACGCCAAUUGGCGAUCAAUUGCAAGUAGGCAUAUCUCACGUUAUGGAUUACAUUCGUUCUGAAACCUAUAGAUAUGUGUACAGUCGACACCAAAAUGCCAAAGGACCACCACCGCCUAUUGAAAACGACAAGAGUAAGAAAAUUUCUCGUCUUCGUUAA